AUGACACCCACUAACACACGCAAAGUAGCUCUGGUAGUCGGCGCGUCACGGGGCAUCGGCCGGCAGAUCGCUGUCGAUCUGGCCAAGGAAGGCUAUGCCGUGGUUGUCGCCGCCAAAUCCACCACCCCGCAACCCGACCUAGUCAAUAUCUCUCCCUUUCCCCCGGACCCAAACUCUCCGCAAUCCACUAUCGCCACCGUCGCCCGCGAAAUCACCCUCGCCGGCGGCGAAGCCACUGCCAUCCCCGUCGACACAACCGACUACGCCAGCAUCCAGCGCCUUGCCUACGCCCGCCUCGACGUCCUAAUCUACAACGCUGGCGCGAUCUAUUGGGCGCCCGUCUCCCAGACGCCCAUGAAGCGCUUCCGGCUGAUGCAGCGGGUCAACGUCGAGGGCCUGUACGGGACGCUGCAGGAGGCGCUGCCGCACCUGACUACGAAGAAGCCGAGAGGACGGAUCGUGGUUGUGUCGCCGCCGAUAUACAGUCGCUUCUUUCGCGGCAAGACUGCGUAUGCCGUCGGCAAGGUCGGUAUGAGCGUCUUGGUCAAGGGGUUGGCGAUGGAUCUUGAGAGGGAAGGGCUUGUUGAGAAGGGUGUGAGUGUUGCGGGGUUGUGGCCUGCUACUGCCAUUGAAUCCGCUGCGACUGACCAGUUCACUCGCAAGGACCCGUCCUACGCGAGGGAUCUGCGCAAACCAACUAUCUUUUCAGAUGCGGUGCUCGCCCUGCUGAAGGCUCCAGCGUCGCUGAUGAAUGGCCAACUCGAGCUGGACGAAGACUUCCUCAAGAAACAUGCGGGCGUCACAGACUUUUCGAAAUAUGCUGUCGUCCCCGGUGCCUCGCCAAGGAGGAUCAUGCCGACUGAGCUGCCCGACCUUACGGUCAAAGAGCAGGAUGAUGAGGGCAUGAGGCUCGACAGCUCCAAGCUUUGA